AUGGACCCAAAUCUAAAUGAUUGGACAUUGCAAGAGGACCUUGAGCUAUUUCGACGUGUAUUGCGGGGCAUGAAAGAACUUGAAGAUCGGGACAUGAAAGAACGUCAAGAUCGGGACAUGAAUAGGCCACGCCAAGCCUUUUCACCAGCAGCCAUAAGCAUUCAGCCCGCUUUUAACUCUAAUCCUGGAAGUCGUCGACCAGAUACAGAGAUUAAGGAUGAGAUGAAGAUGAAGAUGAAGAUGAAGAUGAAGAUGAAGAUGACGACGGUGACAGCGAGAGUGACUAUAUAUCCGACUACUACGAAGAUCUGCAACCUUCAAAAGGGUCUACCAAUGUACAAUCAAGUCAGCAGCAAUCAACCUCUUCAACAACUCAUGUUCCGAGUCCUGCCAGCGGUGGUGCACAAGAGACAGGACAACACGACGGCGACGACGCAGACCGCUGCUGGGACCACGGAUGCAACGGACGCAAAUUCACCACCCGUAGUAAUCUCAGGCGCCACCUAA